UAGAACAGAGCCGGAUUUUUAUUGUAGGCAACCAAACGUACCGGGCGCAUAUUCAAUUUGCGAUUUUAAUAAGUAUAAAUAUUGAGUAAAUACCGCGCUGUACCUUGGAAGUUUGUUAUGUGAUAUAUGUGAACUCAAUGAUAACCAAAUCAGUACACAAUACAGAUAAAUCCGAGCAUAGCUACGUUUUCGACUUACCAGAAAGUCAAGUAAAACUAAACCGUCCAACAUAAAACGUAUCUGAACUAAGAUAAGAAAGUGCGCCGAGGAAUUUCCGUAAUUAAAAGUACAGGAAUCAAUACCUACAAGCACACAGUUCUCUUAUCAGUUGUUUGACAUGUGUGUACUUUCGCCGCUUUAAACAUGUGCAUAGAUUCCUCAAUGAGUUGGCUAUAGUUCAAUGUGACACGACGGAGGUACCUACAGUUUAGUAACUUGUGAAUCAUUCAACGCGUUGUGUGAAGUAAUUUAUAUUGGGCCAUUUGAAAAAAGAUGAGCGUGCGUCUUUGUAGAUCAACUAGUUAUCAGUUCCAACAAGUGCCAGAAAAUAAAACAAAUUGCACAACUACAGAUGGUAAUGAUAAAGUAAAAACAUGUCAGGACUUGUUCAGCGCAAUGUCCAUCUCGGAUGUUUUCCAACGUCUGCCAAGUUCCACACAGUCCGUCCUGAAGCGAUCCACAGUCAGCUUUAUUCUCAUUUGUGGAUUCCUUUUGUUACUUUAUGGGGGACCACCAUGUCUAGUAAUAAUCACACUGCUGGCGCAGAUUCAAUGUUGGAAGGAAGUCACCGUCAUUGCUCUCAAACAACAGGCAAUUACAGGACGUCAUAACACCAACUAUUUCUUCCUCUGCGCCUUGUUGUACUUCUGGUGUGAUAAUCUUUUUAUCUACUAUCACCCGUAUGUCACCACAAGCAUCCUGGCGCAAUUUGUUGAAAGCUACUACAAAUUUAUCUGUUUUUGUUUGUAUUUUGUUGGAGUCAUAUGGUUUGUGAUGAAUUUACAACGCAAACAUUAUCGGAAGCAGUUUGGUUUAUUGGCUUGGACACAUGUAAUGGCUUUGGUAAUAGUAGCGCCAUCGUGUUUGAUAACAAAAACAAUCUAUCAAGGCAUGAUUUGGUUCAUCAUAUGUGUCACUACAAUCACCAGUAAUGAUAUAAUGGCGUAUAUUUGUGGAAAACUUUUUGGAAAAACUCCGUUGAUAGCAGUUUCGCCAAAAAAGACCUGGGAAGGUUUUAUUGGUGCGGGGAUAUUCACAAUCAUCAUUAGUUGUGCAGUUAGUUAUUCUCUAUUGGACAAAGAGUACUACAUUUGUCCCGUGGAGUAUGAAGAAGUUAAAGGGGAAAUUGUGCGAGUUGAGCAUUGCGUGCCCGAUACGAUUUUCCAACUUUCCGUGUACCACUUUUUUGAAUACCCUAUUGAACUGUAUCCAAUUGUUGUGCACACGUUUUGGUUGUCAAUCUUUGGAAGUGUAAUUGCACCCUUUGGUGGUUUCUUCGCUUCGGGCUUCAAGCGCGCGUGCAAUAUCAAGGACUUUGGUGCGUCGAUUCCAGGCCAUGGUGGUGUUAUGGAUCGAUUCGACUGUCAACUAGUAAUGAUUGUAUUUCUACACGUGUACAUUAGCACAUUUGUGAGUCGACCACAGGACGAGAGAAACAUAACACAAAAACUAUUUCAAAGGAUAAUGAACAUGACAACCGCUCAACAAGUAGAAAUGUAUUAUUUAUUAGAAAAUAAUAUUACAGUUUGAAAGUGUGAUAAAUAGUUUUCCGUGGACGCUAAAAAAGUGUGUCUUAUGUGAUAAGAUUAUAUUUUAGAACCAGUAUUUCCUUAUGCUAAUAGUUGUUGACUUUUUGAAUUGUGAUACUUAAUUAAAUGACAGAACGAUACUUGUUUAAUCGACUUGUUUCUUCAAUAAAGGAAUAAUACAUUUGUA